AUGGUACAAAUCUGGCAAAUGGAACCUUAUCCAUGUGGCGAUCCACGUUUGCCACAUCACUUGUUCCCGCCAAAAAUGAUCACACCAGACGAGCUCACAAAACGGACCGGAACACUUUAUUGGAAGUUGGACACGUUGGAUCAGGUGGCGUUGGCUAAGCGAUUAACCACACUGAAGUUGGAGCAUAAAUUCAAAAAGGAAGAUAUUUAUACUUUGGAUGCGGAGACGACUGCGAAUUUUAAUGAUAAGGUGAGUGAGUUAGCGAAAAUCGAAAUCAGCGUGAAAUUCUGAGUCGAAAGAGUAUCAAUUUCAAAAAGUUCCAAGGGGAUUCGAACCCGCGACCAUCCACUCAAAAGACAAGCCUGUUACCUGCUGCGCUACUUUUUUGGAGAGUUUUCUACAUGCUUCUAGAGCAAAAUUUCGCGCUGAUUCACCUCCAAGCUUCAGAAUUCCUCUAGCUCCUAUGGAUCUUGAGUUAGCCUAAGUAACUCAGCAGGGAUUAUGUUUCAAGCUAAAAAAUUUACACAACAGGAUUCAGCACAAAAUUCGGAACUAGAAAACUGCAAUUUUCAAAAAAAAAAGUUCCGGGGUGGAUUCGAACCUGUGACCCUCUACUCAGCAGGCAGACCUAUUAUCCACUGCUUCAUCUGUGCAAGAUGGGAUUUUUUGGAGUUUUGGAGAUGUUUUGGGGUCCAAAUUUCACGCUGAAUCUCAUGGUGCUUUUGAUUUUUCAUGAUUUCCAGUGAUUAUUGAAAAUGUGACCCCCCCUCCUCUAAGGUAGGGAGGGGGGUCACAUAUUUUCUCAAAAUCACCAGUUUUCAAAAUUUCAAAAUUCAUUUCUGCUCCAAAUUUCACGCUGAAUCUCAUGGUCAUAAUGAUUUUUAUCAAAAAAUCCACCUGCACUCAAAAUUCUGCCACGUCAUAAAAAAUUUGAUCUCUUAUUGUAAGAUAAGAUACUAAUGGUUCAAAUCAGAAAGCAAAUCGCGUGAUAAAAACCAAAACAGAACUAACCUUGAAAAAAAAAACUUUCUAAUCAGAAAAAAGUACAGAAAAAAGCGGUAAACAACUAAUUUUCGGAAAUUUUUUUGGGGAAACUCUUAAACUUUGCCAUUUUUACUAGAAAAAUAGCUGAAAAUGCUCCAAAUUUCACGAAAAAUGGCUCAAAAUGCUCCAAAUUUCUUGCAGAUCGAGGAGCUUUUCGAGGAGACCACAAUUCCAGAAGAGCAAGCCAGGAUGAUCAUCGAGGGCACAGCCUACUAUGACGUGGAGGACAAAAAUGGAAUGUGGGUUCGGAUUUUGUGCGAAUUUGGGGAUUUGAUUCUGAUUCCGGCUAAUACUUGCUUCAGAUUCACUACAACACCAAAGGUGAGUUUUGGCGGGAAAAAAAUGAAGUGCCACGUGGAUUAUUGGAAUUUUUCAAAGUUGAAUUUGCCACGUGGAAAAAUAUCAUCUAGAAUUCAGCUAUUAGGAAAAAAUAUUGCCACGUGGAAUUUUGAGGCUAGAAAAAUUGUAGAUCAAAAAUUGGAACCCAAAAAUUAUGCCACAUGGAUUUUUUUAAAUUCAAAAUUUCUAAAACCAAAUUGCCACGUGGCAUAAAUUUUUUCAAAAUUCAAAUUUUCCAAAAAAAACUGAAUCUACAAAUGAUUUUUCGCGCCAAAAUGAAUACGUGGAUUAUUGGCGCGAAAAUUCGAAAAUUCAAAUUUUCUCGAACCGAAUUGCCACGUGGAAUAUUUCUUUUAAUUUUAGGACAAACAUUUUGCCACGUGGAUUUUUCAGAAAAAAAAUCAAAAUUCGAAAAUUUCUUAAAUUUCGCCAAAAAAGGGUGCCACGUGGCUUUUUUGGCGCGAAAAUUCGAGAAAAUCAAAAAUUCUGCUAAAUUUUUGCCACGUGAAAAAAUGGGGUUCGAAAUUUUAAAUUUCAAAAUUAUGCCACUUGGACCCUACAGUACCCCCCCUUUAAAAAUUCCCAAAAUUUCAGAACUUUGUCAAAAUGCGCCGCUUCUACAAAGACGACGAAUCAGACAAUUAA